CUUUGAGCCGGAACCGCCGGUGAACUUGGGCGCCACGUUCCUCGUGAGAGAGCCCGGAGGAUGGUGAACGCCAGCUGCUGCUGACCUGCCUCCGCCGCUGCUUCUCGGGGGCUGCCGAGCGCGGGGGCCCCCGUCUCCUUCCCGUGCCCGGCCGUGGGUGAACCUGCAGGCUCCUCACCCACCAGAGGACUUUUUUUUGAAAGGAAACGAGGGAGGGAGGGAGAGGGAGAAAACGAAGGGGAGCUCGUCCAUCCAUUGAAGCACAGUUCACUAUGAUCUUACUCACAUUCAGCACUGGAAGACGGUUGGAUUUCGUGCAUCAUUCGGGGGUGUUUUUCUUGCAAACCUUGCUUUGGAUUUUAUGUGCCACAGUCUGCGGAACGGAGCCGUAUUUCAAUGUGGAGGUUUGGUUACAAAAGUACGGCUACCUUCCACCGACUGACCCCAGAAUGUCAGUGCUGCGCUCUGCAGAGACCAUGCAGUCUGCCCUAGUUGCCAUGCAGCAGUUCUAUGGCAUUAACAUGACAGGAAAAGUGGACAGAAACACAAUUGACUGGAUGAAGAAGCCUCGAUGUGGUGUACCUGACCAGACAAGAGGCAACUCCAAAUUUCAUAUUCGUCGCAAGCGGUAUGCACUCACAGGACAAAAGUGGCAGCACAAGCACAUCACUUACAGUAUAAAGAACGUAACUCCAAAAGUAGGAGACCCUGAGACCCGUAAAGCUAUUCGCCGUGCCUUUGAUGUGUGGCAGAAUGUAACUCCUCUGACAUUUGAAGAAGUGCCCUACAGUGAAUUGGAAAAUGGCAAACGUGACGUGGAUAUAACUAUUAUUUUUGCAUCUGGUUUUCAUGGGGAUAGUUCUCCCUUUGAUGGAGAGGGAGGAUUUUUGGCACAUGCCUAUUUCCCUGGACCAGGAAUUGGAGGAGAUACCCAUUUUGACUCAGAUGAGCCAUGGACCCUAGGAAAUCCUAAUCAUGAUGGAAAUGACUUAUUUCUGGUAGCAGUUCAUGAACUGGGACAUGCUCUAGGAUUGGAGCAUUCCAAUGACCCUACCGCCAUCAUGGCUCCAUUUUAUCAGUACAUGGAAACAGACAACUUCAAACUACCUAAUGAUGAUUUGCAGGGCAUCCAGAAGAUAUAUGGUCCACCUGACAAGAUUCCUCCACCUACAAGACCUCUACCAACAGUGCCCCCACACCGCUCUAUUCCUCCGGUCGACCCAAGGAAAAAUGACAGGCCAAAACCUCCUCGGCCUCCCACCGGCAGACCCUCCUAUCCUGGAGCCAAACCCAACAUCUGUGAUGGGAACUUUAACACUCUAGCUAUUCUUCGCCGUGAGAUGUUUGUUUUUAAGGACCAAUGGUUUUGGCGAGUAAGAAACAACAGAGUGAUGGAUGGAUACCCCAUGCAAAUUACUUACUUCUGGCGGGGCUUGCCUCCUAGUAUUGAUGCAGUUUAUGAAAAUAGUGAUGGGAAUUUUGUGUUCUUUAAAGGUAACAAAUAUUGGGUGUUCAAGGACACAACUCUUCAACCUGGUUACCCUCAUGACUUGAUUACUCUUGGAAGUGGAAUUCCCCCUCAUGGUAUUGAUUCAGCCAUUUGGUGGGAGGAUGUUGGGAAAACCUACUUCUUCAAAGGUGACAGGUAUUGGCGAUAUAGUGAAGAAAUGAAAACCAUGGACCCUGGCUAUCCCAAGCCAAUCACAGUCUGGAAAGGGAUCCCUGACUCUCCUCAGGGAGCAUUUGUGCACAAAGAAAAUGGCUUUACAUAUUUCUACAAAGGAAAGGAAUAUUGGAAAUUCAACAACCAGAUACUCAAAGUAGAGCCUGGAUAUCCAAGAUCCAUCCUCAAGGAUUUUAUGGGCUGUGAUGGACCAACAGACAGAGUUAAAGAAGGACACAGCCCACCAGAUGAUGUAGACAUUGUCAUCAAACUAGACAACACAGCCAGCACUGUGAAAGCCAUAGCUAUUGUCAUUCCCUGCAUCUUGGCCUUAUGCCUCCUUGUAUUGGUUUACACUGUGUUCCAGUUCAAGAGGAAAGGAACACCCCGCCACAUACUGUACUGUAAACGCUCUAUGCAAGAGUGGGUGUGAUGUAGGGUUUUUUUCUUUCUUUCUUUUCCAGGAGUUUGUGGUAACUUGAGAUUCAAGACAAGAGCUGUUAUGCUGUUUCCUAGCUAGGAGCAGGCUUGUGGCAGCCUGAUUCAGGGCUGACCUUUCAAACCCAGAGGGUUGCUGGUCCUGCACAUGAGUGAAAAUACACUCAUGGGGAAGCUUCCAUGAUGCACAGUAUCUGCUGUUCUUCAGUCCUUUGUCUUUCUUUGUCAUUCAGUUCUAGGCCUUUCCUCUGCACGCUCAAUGCCCAGUAAAAUUUCAGGAUUAACUAAAGAAGAGGAAAAAAGAAGAAGAAAAGAUUCUUCUAAAAGGUUUCUAAUACCAUUUUACUUCUGAAGUCUGAGCCCAUUUCUGGGGGGAAAAGGCAAAUCAGAAUACCCAUGAUUUUUUGCUUUAAAGCAAAGGGAAAAAAGUUUAAACAGAAAACCCACAA